AACUAUCAUAAAAGCGGGAGAUACCAGUUUCUUUGUUCGUCCUCGCAUUGUGUUAGGGUUUUGUGGAGUUGCUGUCUAGUCGCGUUUCUUGGCGCUCAUCGACACAUAGGGGCUCCAGUUAAAUGGCACACACGAGAACCCUUCAGCAUUGCAAAUCUUACACAGUCUCGUUUCGGCUACACUAGAAUAGGAAAUCACUCCAAGUUUCUAGGGAUACGAUACGAUUAUGGCAGAAGCAGGGGAGGAGGGGGAGGUUAUUGAAUUCAAGUGGGGCAAAAGGAGAGGGGUUGGUGGUAAAAAGAAGGAUGUGCAAUUUUACGAAUCGUUUUCCUACGACGGGGUGGAAUACUCCCUCUAUGACUCUGUGUUUCUCUACAAGGAAGGUGAACCCGAGCAUUUCAUUGGUAAAAUCGUUAAAAUAUGGGAGGCCGCUGAUAAGAGCAAGAAAGUUAAGAUUCUGUGGUAUUUUCGACCUAGUGAGAUUCUGAACUUCUUGGAAGGAAGCGAGACGCUUCACAAUGAGUUGUUUUUGGCAUCUGGUGAAGGGGAAGGGCUUGUAAACGUCAAUCCUCUGGAAGCAAUUGCUGGAAAAUGCAAUAUCGUUUGCAUUUCGAAGGACAAUAGGAAUCCUUAUCCAUCUGAUGAAGAAGUUCAAAUUGCUGAAUUUGUAUUCUAUCGUUUCUUUGAUGUUGGGAAGCGUAAAAUAGUGGACAAGAUAGAUGAUAAUAUUGCUGGAAUUGAAGUUAAAAAUAUUUUUAACAAUUUAGAUAGUCAAAAGGUUGUUGGUCUUGUGAAACCUGGUUUAGACAAGAAAGAAGUUAAUGGGAACUUCAUUGCAAGUAAUGCAGCGGUGGCUCUUUCGAGUCAAAAAAAGAGUCAGCCUUUGAUUGAAAAACCAGAUGGCAAGUGUUUUGACACGUUAGUUAGAGAAAAUGCUGAUUCUAAGUCAUUGUUGCGAAAAAAACCUACUAGUAGCACUGGUGUAAAGGAUGCAAGUAAACCUACUGAUUCUUUGCACACUAUUUCCAACAACAAGACCAUGCCUCAAGCUAAAGUUGAAGAAAAUGGGAGUUUUAAGGUUUCUUUGGAUAAACAAAAAUCAUCUAAUAAACUAUCACAUGGUUCUAGAGCUGGUUUGGAAAUGAGGGAAAUAACUAAAAUGGAUGAUGGGUGUGGAAAUGUCUCUAUUGAGAAGAAGAUUGUGAUGUCUAGAGUUGAUUUAGAAGGGGAUGAUUGUGAUGAUGUUGGUGGCCCCGUUGGAAAAAUUAACAAGGGAUCGACAGAGGAAGAAGCUUCCAAGAAGGGGAAACAUGGCAGUUUUGGUAAGGCUUCUAGUGCAAAGAUGAAUAAUAAAGGGCAAAAUCGAAGGCUUAUUUCCUAUGACGACGAUGAUGACGAUGAUGUCAAGACUAUAGCUCCAUCUUCAUCAAAGGAUAAAUAUAAACAUCAAAGAGAUUAUGGUGAUGUGGAGGAACUCCCUUCCAAGAAGUUAAAGAUUGACAAGAAGCCAAUGAAACUCACCAGUGACAAGUUGCGCAAAGAAUCUUCAAUGAUUUCACCAAAUGUGGAACACAAGCUAGAUUUUCGUCCAAUGGAAGUUACUCAAAGACCAGAUGUUGAUAGAAGCAAAUGGUUUAAGGAAAUUCCUUGGGAAGAAAAAAUGGAAACUGCACAUGAGCAAGGAAAACUUGUGCUACUUCAAAACUUGGACCCGUCUUUAUCUUCAUCAGAUGUACAGAAUAUUAUUUGGACUGGCUUUAAAGAAAGUUGCACUGCAAAGAUGAUCCAGAAAACUGCACACUCUAGCCCUCAUUCUGGUCAAGCUGUUGUUAUAUUUAGAAAAAAGGAAGCAGCAGAGUCAGUUGUUAGAAAAUUAGACGAGGGCUGUUUCUUAAUGUCAAAUGGGCGACCCCUUGUUGGAAGCAUUGGCGUUCCUUCUUUUCCAGAAAAGAAGCCAAUAUUUUAUGGUCAUCAUGUUGUUGAUCAACUACGAAUGAUGCAAACGCAACGAGAGAUGAAAGAUGCUGUAUCUACUUCACAUUGUUCUCAGCCCAACAAUAUAGAAUAUGAGAUGGCCAUAGAGUGGUGCUUACUACAAGAAAGAGCAAGCAAAUCGUGGAGAAAGUUGUAUCAGAGACAAGGCGAGGAGUUGAGUAAACUCAAAGCUAAGCUGAAGUCUAAAGUUUAACUGAUGUCCAUUGAUCAACCAUAUAAUUUUUUGUUGUCGAAACAGGGAUUGAAUUGUUCUGAGGCAAGGGUGUGUAUCUGGCAAAUUUUAGUUUAGCAGCUGUAAAUAUUGUCUGUCUCGGGGAUGGGAAUUAUGGGAAUGAACGUUUGUUCCUCACCACAUUGCAACUCCCUCCCCAUCAGGCUGUUUCAUUGUUGCCCAGUACAAAUUUUUUGUUUUUAAUGUACUACAUGUACAUUGUCUGGUCUUUUGGCUGGCGGGCAAUGUGGGAAGUUCGGUUCUAUCUUAUUCUUUUCCUUUUCUUUC